CGAGCAGCCCGAGCACCGACAAGCUGCAACCUUGAUAGACUGAGCUUAGCCUAUUGAGGGAGGUCCGAUAACGAUAAGCUAGGUAUCAUGGAGCUUCCCCUCCCUUCUUCUCUUCUCUGUCCUCUUCCUUCAUUACCAACAGUCAAAGCUCAGGACAGAGUCGAAAACAAUAACUCACAUUUACAUCACUGUUCAAUAACACCUGAAAUCCAUCAACCAUGGGCGCGAACCAGUCAACAGCAGCUCUGCCAAACGAGAAGCUCGUUAUUGAGCGGCUCCGAGCUAUGGAGAUCAAGGACCAAUCCGACGACUAUGUUGAGGUUAACGAGAAAGCCCUCACAGGAUCAUCCAAGAAAUUCAAGGCACCAUGGACAGCUAUCUCUAUCUCAGACGUUGGACAGUGGGAGCAUGAGCUUUUGCAGGAUGCAAAGAACAGACUGGCACUCUCUGCCUUGAGCGCCGCAGACCCCAAGACUGUCCUGACAUCCCGUGCGACGACCAUCAAAGACCAACAGAUCUUCAAUACCAAGAUCCCAUUCGAGGGAGCUCCCAUCACGAACCAAAGACAAUCCGGUAGAUGCUGGAUCUUCGCAGCGACGAAUGUCUUCCGCGUUGCUCUUAUGAAGCGUCACAAUCUCGACAAAUUCGAACUCUCCCAAGCAUACCUCUUCUUCUAUGAUAAACUCGAAAAGGCAAACUUCUUCUUAGAGCAGAUACUCGAUACUGCGGGAGACGACUUCGAUACCAGAACAGUUCAAACACUGCUUCAAAGUCCAGUAGGAGAUGGUGGACAAUGGGAUAUGAUUUACAACUUGGUCCAUAAAUACGGUCUCGUUCCACAAGUCUUAUAUCCAGAUUCGUUCAACGCGCAGGCAUCUGGUGCCAUCAACCAACUGAUCACCACCAAGCUGCGUGAGGAUGCUCUCCAAUUGCGAGCAUUGGCAACAUCCGGGACGAAGUCCUCCAAGGACAUCACCGCAAUCAAGGAGAAGAUGAUGCGUGAAAUCCACCUUAUCCUCACCCUCACACUCGGCCCACCACCAUCCCCAACCACCGAAUUCACAUGGAACUACCUCGACAAGAAUGGCGUAUCCCAUGAGCUGAAGACCACCCCAGUGGCAUUUUCCAAGGAGCUCUCCUCCCCAAAAUCUAUUCGCAUCACCAACUCCACUGUACACGACAUGUUUUCCCUCGUCAAUGAUCCAAGAAACGAAUACAACACCCUGCUCACUGUCAACAGACUUGGCAAUAUUGUCGGCGGUCGCGGAAUCACAUACGUGAAUGUUACCAUGGACGUCAUGAAAGAAGCUUGUAUCAAGAUGUUGCAAGCUGGUCUCCCCAUCUUCUUCGGCUCCGAUGUCGGCAAGUACUCAAACUCUACAACUGGGAUCAUGGACCUGUCGCUCAUCGACUACGAACUCGGCUUCAAUGUACGUCUUGGAAUGUCCAAGGCGCAAAGAUUGAUGGUUGGAGAGAGCGCGAUGACCCAUGCUAUGGUAUUGACUGCUGUGCAUAUUGAGAAUGGUAAGAGUGUUAGGUGGAGGGUCCAGAACAGCUGGGGUGCUACUGCUGGUACGGAGGGAUGGUUUGUGAUGAGUGAUAAGUGGAUGGAUCAGUUUGUUUAUCAGGCGGUUGUGGAGCCAAGGUUUGUGAGCAAGGAGAUUCGGGAUAUUCUGAGCACUGAGCCGAAGGUUCUGCCUCUUUGGGAUCCGAUGGGAGCUUUGGCGUAGAUGUCUCGGACGGAAAGUACUCUGAGGAGGCGGAUGCCUAGGAAUUUGGCGGUGGUAUAUGAAUAACGACUCGCAUAAUCGCACUGCAUAUUAAGUUUCUUGAGCGUGAGCGUAGCACGAAUCGAAUUUCUACGAGCGUACCACUCGCUUAAGGCAUGAUUUGUGUGGUCCAGACAAUAAUGGGUCUACCACCCUCUGCUUCAGCUUCAUCUUGUUCGAUAGUUCCCGAUCCUUACGACCAUCCAACGCCUUGAAACAAAUUCAUAGCAGUAGUUCACUUAGAAACCCCAUAUCAAAUCUAUUCGGAAACUCAGACAGGUUAUUCACCCCCCACCAUGUAAUUCUCCUCUCCUCCUGCCUCUCCUCUUCACGAGUCCAACUAUAAAGUCUCACACUCCUCCAUCCAGAAAGAGAGUAAGAAUCUGGUCAGAGGCAAUCAGGGAGGAGCCAAGCGGGCCCGGUCGUAACCACAACGCCUUUUUAGAUAUCUAACUCAUGCUUCUGUAGAUUGAUAUGCAACUUCUCGUGUGAUAUUAACCUACAGGUG